AUGUUGUUUCUCGGCGCAUUGUUAUUAUCAUGUCUACAGAAUGUAGUGGCGCAGCGGCAUGAUGCUGAUCUCAUGUCCUUCGUAACGCUCCCCGAAGUACGAGCCCUGAAAUGGGAGGUCACUCAUCAUGAUCGUGAACGCGAGGCCCCGGGAUACUGGUUCGUUGCGCCGUACGGCCAGAUCUCCCCCGAGAAUCCCACCCAGAAGUACCAGCAAUACCAAGUUGGACCGUACAUUUACGAUAACGAUGGGAUGCUUGUUUGGGCCGGUCCGAGUCUCUACGACAAUCGCAACGCCUUCGAUUUCCGCGCAAAUCACAACAUGGACGGAGAGCCACACUUAUCCUUUAUUGUGGCUUGGGAUAACGAAAAUGGAGCCGACAGGGGACACGGUGUGAUUGUGGAUAAGCACUACCAGGUUGAGAAGGAAGUCCUUCCUUUGGUAGAUGUGCACGACUUCAACAUGCACGAGUUUAACAUUCUGGACGGUGGAAAGACCGUUUUGGCUUGUGUUUAUCGUCAAGUCGAGGUUGACCUGACGGACUUUGGCCGUCCGAACGAGAAGAGCUGGAUUGUCUCGGGCGGAUUUGCUGAAUUCGACAUUGAGACCAAUCAGCUCCUGACACAGUGGAACAGUCUGGAUCACAUUGCGCUGCACGAAUCGAACAUGUUCCAUGCUUGGGAUGGUGUCAUGGGCGCGCCUGGCUGGGACUACGUUCAUGCCAACGCGGUGGAUAAGAACGCGGCUGGUGACUACAUUAUCUCGAUGCGAUUCACCAACACCAUCUACGGUAUUUCCGGUAUAGAUGGAAACGUUAUGUGGCGCCUCGGUGGGCUUGAGAGUGAUUUUACCCAGGACUUCACCUUCUCUAAGCAGCAUGACGUGAAAUUCGUCUCAUCCAACGGUACCCACCAUGUCAUCUCGUUCUUGAACAACGCCUCCGAUGAACGUGGCAAUGAUGAGAACAUGUCUUCGGUUCUGCAUGUCGAGCUGGACACUGUCGCCAUGACCGCUCACGUUGUCAAGCGCAUCAACCGUCCCGAUGCUGGUUUGACCCGCCUCCGUGGAAGUGCUGAGGUCCUUCCCAAUGGAAACAUCUUCAUCGGUUGGAGUGAGCGAGGCUACCAGAGUGAGCAUGCCCCCAACGGUGAUGUGCUGAUGACCGCCCGAUUUGCUUCAACUCGCUAUUCGACCUACCGCGCAUACAAGUCCGAAUUCACCGGCCGCCCUCUUACUCCUCCCGACGUGGUGGCUUCCGUCUACGGAACCAGCAACACCGAUAUCACCACCAUCUUCCACGUGAGUUGGAACGGUGCCACCAACGUUGCUGGUUGGAACUUCUACGCCAAGGCCUACGACCGCGGUGACUCCGUUUUCAUCGGCCAUGCCAACAAGACUGACUUUGAGACGAUGUACAUUGUUGACGGCUAUAUGGACUGGAUCACCGCUGAGGCUGUUGACCGCGAUGGCAAUUCGAUGAUGAAGUCCCGCGUUAUUCGCAGUGAUACUCCCAGCAACUGGCAAGCCGUUGGUUUCUUAGGAGCAACCAGCCCCUCUCCCGACGACCCGUCUCUCGUUUCGUCCGCAUACGAGCAGUCCAAGUCCCAUUCGACCGAGUCCACCGAGUCUACUGACACCACUGAUUCGGCUGACUCGACCAACGACACGGCCGAAACUGUCAUCGAGGACAACACUAACACCACCGACACCACCGAGGACACUAGCAGUGAUAGCAUGGACGAUAUGGAUAUGGGCCACGACUCCGACUCCACCACCUCAUCCUACUCCGACGCAAAGGAAGUCGCCAAGGCCGUGAACAAGGCCUACGAAGUCAUCCGCGGUGUUGGCGCCCUUUUGAUCUUCAUCCUAGUCUCCUGCACAGUCGGAGGUGUCGGAUUCGCCUUAUACCGCAUGUUUACGCGCCGCAAGAGCCGUGCCUACCAGCACAUCUCCUCAGAAGAAGAUCUCCCCACAGAACAGAUCCACCUGCGCUCUCAAGCCCAGGAGUGA